CCAGCGCUACCAGCCAACCGCUGUGUCCGGGGCCGGCGCUGCUAGCCAGUCUCCACAGCGAUGGCUUCACUCUCCGGUGUGGCAGCUGCAGACGUCCCCCGAAGCAUGGAGAAGAUACCUAUUGUGGGCCUGGGCACCUGGAAGGCGGCUCCCGGGGAGGUGACGGAGGCGGUGAAGCUGGCCAUCGACGCGGGGUACCGGCACUUCGACUGCGCGUACCUGUACCACAACGAGGGCGAGAUCGGCGCCGGCCUCCAGUGCAAGGUCACCGAGGGCGCCGUGCGGCGGGAGGACCUGUUCAUCACCAGUAAGCUCUGGUGCACCUGCCAUAAGAAGACCUUGGUGAGAGCAGCCUGCUGCAGGACCCUGAAGGACUUGAAGCUGGACUACUUGGACCUCUACCUCAUGCACUGGCCAAUGGGCUUCAAGCCCGGGGAGGAGGACCUGCCUUUGGACCACAACGGCAUGACAGUUCCGAGUGACACCGACUACCUGGACACGUGGGAGGCCAUGGAGGACCUGGUGGACGCAGGGCUGGUGAAGGCCAUCGGAGUGUCCAACUUCAACCACGAGCAGCUGGACAGACUUUUGAGUAAACCCAACUUGCGGUUCAAGCCAUUGACCAACCAGAUCGAGUGCCACCCGUACCUUGCUCAGAAGAACCUGAUCAGCUUCUGCCAGUCCAGAGGUGUGUCCGUGACUGCGUACCGGCCCCUCGGUGGCUCCAGCGAGGGGGUGGACCUGAUGGACGACCCUGUGAUUCAGAGCAUCGCACGGAAGCAUCAGAAGUCUCCGGCUCAGAUAUUGGUCCGGUUUCAGGUCCAGAGAAAUGUGAUCGUCAUUCCCAAGUCCGUUAACCCAAAGCGGAUUCUCGAGAACAUUCAGGUAUUCGACUUCGAGUUGACAGAACAGGAAAUGAAUGACCUUCUAGGCCUGGACAGGAACCUGCGACUCUGUGCCUUCGACACAACCAAAAACCACAAGGACUACCCCUUCAACACAGCGUUCUGAGGCGUGGACGGGACAGCGCCAGGGGCCCCGGCCCGACGCCGUUCGAGGGGCCAGCGCCCAGACCGUGGCCUUCGGGUCCUGACGGAGCCGGCCAUGGGGACGUGAGUGGCUGACCUUCAUGACAAACCACCGCUCCGGAGCUGGCUGAUGGUGUACGGGGGAGGGAGUAGCCUGAGCCACCCACCUGUGCCCUGUGUCCCCACCUCUCACCCCUCCCCCGUCCCCCUGUCCCCACGUCCCGCAGAGGCCCCCUGGUGCCUGGAAGGGAAGCAGGUGAGCUGGGAGCAGCCUUCCCUCCCCGAGCCCUGAAUUCUGAUGUCAAAAUGUCCCUGCUCAAUAAAGCCUUCGGAGCCAGCGUCAA